AUGAUAGAACAACACGAUACAGAUACUAAACAUUUACCAUUUACAAUCCAUACUCUAUUAGAACUUAAUAAUAAUAAUAAUAAUAAUAAUAAUAAUAAUGAUAAUAGUAAUAGUACUUUGAAUAAUCAAUCAAAUAAUGAAACAAACCAAUUACCUAUAGAGAAACAUUUACAAAAAACUUUUAUAAAAAAUGGUACUCCAUAUCAAUCAAUGAAACAUUCAAUGAAACAUUCAAUGACAUCAAUGACAACUAUUAAUGAUAUAAAACAAACUCCAGAUUCUAAAUGGAUAUCAAAUAAAUUAGAUGAAAAAUUAUUUUUACAAUUAUUUAAAAAUGUUUAUUUAUCACAAAUUCAAUUACCAUUCAAUACUAACACUACUAUUAAUACUACUAAUAAUACCACUAGUAAUAGUAGUAGUAAUAGUAGUUAUGACAACUAUAUGAAUUAUGAUAUCCCUAAUAUUAAUAAUAUUGUAAAUUAUUUACAAACAGAUCAUUGGUCACAAUUAUUAAAUCUUACAACAUAUCAUUCACCAUCUCAAUCAAUUCAAUCAUCAUCAUUGUCAUCAUCAUUUAAUGAUCAAUCUGAUGUAAUUCAAUCUACAUUAAAACAUUUACAUUCUGAUCAUUUACAAUCUAAAUGUACAUUUUUAUCAAAUAGUCAAUAUAGAGAGGAUGUUAUUCAGAAAACUGACAUUAAUAAUAAUAAUAAUAAUAAUAAUAAUAAUAAUAAUAAUAAUAAUAAUAAUAAUAAUAAUAAUAGUUUUAUCAUUAGCUAA